UCUGCAGCCUGACAGCAGCCUCACACAUGACGCGCAGCCAUAAAGGACUACAUCUUCAGUGACAAGAGGAUCAAAGAGUCCUGCGACAGAUGGUUUGACCCCCGCAGACGGCAGGUCUCAGCAUCACGGAGUCGUCUGGGAUCACACGAAGAGACGGGAGACACCGAGGCAGCUCCAGGCCAACAACAACUGCUCUUCAAGAUGGACGCGGUUCCCUCGGUGGGGGCGACUACGGCGAUGUGAGGGAGCAGCUCGUGGGCCUGGCUUCUGGGGUCGCCCUCAUCACCAUCGGAGUCCUGCAGUACUCAACGUACUCACAGAUGGGCGCCUUUGCAGGGAGCAGCGUGUCCAAAAUUGCGAUUGUCCUCAUUUCAGUGGGUGUCGCCAUCGCCGUGGUGUCCCUGCUGGGUCACGUCGGUGCCUUCAUGAAUAACUCCUCCAUGGUGGCUUGUUUCAUCUGCAUCCUGAUAGUGAUCAUCAUUUUGGAGAUACUCACAGGAGCCGUCUUUUACGUAUUUCGAAGCAGGACUGCCAUUCUGCAGGCUAACAGUGCCAUCAACAUGAAGGCUCGAGCAGUGAUCAAUGAAUACAGCGUGGAGAAGAGACACGCCAUCAACAGGAUUCAGGAAAAGUUCAGCUGCUGCGGUGCAGACAGCUACACCGACUGGUCCAGAAGUGUGGGCUGGGAGAACCACGAGGCCGUGCCGGAUUCCUGCUGCGUGGAGAAAACUGAAGGGUGUGGACAGGACAAGGCAAAAGUGCACACAAAGGGUUGUAUCUGGGCCAUCAAGCUGUUCCUGCUGAAGAAUUUCCUGUGGGUCGGCGCCGUCUGCAUCGCUCUUGGAGUCACAGAGGUUUUCGGCGUGUUGGUCGGGGUGUGUUUGUGUCUGGACAUAAAAGGGAAGAGCUAUGAAAACCUCAACUAGAGCAGCAGCGCAGUCGUCCUCCUGCAUCACCGACACAUUUGGUCCAUUUGAUCUGCGCUUCUGUUUUAUUUAUUAGCAGGUUAUUGAUAUGUUUGAAAACAGCCACAAAAAAACUGCUCAGAGAAACUGUUGGUCUAUUAUUGAUUAGAAUGACAUCGCAAACACCCACUAUGACAGUCUGACAGUGAAAUUUCCUUCCUACUAUGAACCUGGCUAAUAAAUGUGAGAUAUAUCUGGGA